CGAAGUAACCAUAGCAACGCAUCCUCUGAAGCAUAGACAAACAUGCAGGUGCUCCGGGGUGAACUGGGCCCAGUAGACACCUUUAACCUCUCAUAUAGAUUGCAUGUUGUUUUUAACAAGUUUUAUUUUUUUCUUUCUUGGAGUUCAAUAAACAGUGAGGUUUUUAACACAUCUACCAAGGAAUGAAAUAAUUUCAGAGAACAUGAACAAGAACUUAAAUAUUAAUAUAGGGGCAAGCCCAUUUGAAUUUCCAAGAAUAGCAAAGGAAAUGGGUUUUAGAUUCAGCUUAAAGAGAGGACGAGUGGACUGGCAUAAAAUAGAAGUCAUAGAUAUUGACCAUCUAAUUCAAGAACGUGAUCUCACCAGUCUUAAAGAUAAUCUUCCUAAUAUUAUGAAUUACAACCUAGAGAGUGAAUUUGAUGUGAAAAUUCUGGACCGUAGUUUUGUGAAACUAUUUAAAUUGGCUCAGUUGUCAAUAGACUACUUAAUGUAUUCAGAACAACAUUUAUUCAACUGUGUGGAAUUGAUUCGAGAAGAAUAUGCUAGUUGUAUAAAGGACAAUGAAAAACUGAAAAAGGAUUUAAAGAAGAAAGAUGACAUUACAAAGAAUUUGAAGAAGAAAAUAAAAGAGAAAGGGAAAAUGAAAUUGUCAAAUAAUCAGAUGAACAUGUAUCAUCAUUCCAUAUUACAUCAACCAGAAGUUUACAAGGUAAUAAGUUGA